AGGUCCAGGAGUAUGAGAGUUUCUCCGCGCCAUUAAGAAUCGAAAGAGAGAAACACAAACUGAUGACAAAAGGCUUGAAUAUAUAUAAAAUGGAGGAGAUUGUUUUGGAAGCAAAAGAUGCAGUUGAUUGGUCAUAUAGAGGCGAAGGAGCUGUUAAUUUAGUUCUCGCUUACACUGGAUCCUCUCCCACUUACUUGGGAAAGGUGAUGAGGAUAAAGAAAACGCUAAAGAAAGGGAAUGAAAAUGGAGGAGACACAAGUGGAAAUGGUCUUACCAGUCUCGAAAAUAUUAUUUGGGGAGGGAUAAUUAAGGAUCUUGCAUCUUGCCAAAACAAGGAGAUGGUGGAUUAUUUGUUUGCCGAACAUGUCAUGAGACCUUUUUUGGGUCACAAAUAUGUUAAUGUUGGAAUUCGUCGUCUUGUAGCAAUGGAGUUUCUUGAGUCUGUUGAGAAAAUGGUGACAUCUCAGCCUCUUUCUCGGCGAGCUAAUCCAUCCAGUGUGGAUACUAACCGCACUUCGGUGCUUCUCAUGGAUGAUUUAACACGUUUCACCCACGGUCAUGUUGAGGAUGAUACACCAUGCUUAACUGUUGAAAUAAAGCCCAAAUAUGGAUUUCUUCCAUCUUCAAGUUUCAUUGCGGAAGAAAAUCUUAUUAAGAAGAGUGUAACUCGUUUCAAAAUGCAACAAGCUCUCAAGCUUAGGCAAAACGAGAUAUUAAAAGUCAGUGAAUAUGAUCCCUUAGACCUUUUCUCUGGAUCCAAAGAUAGAAUACACGAAGCAAUAAAAGCGCUCUAUGCGACUCCUCAAACCAAUUUCCGUGUGUUCUUGAACGGUUCUUUGGUAUUUGGAGACUUUCGUGGUAGCAAAUGCAUAACAACCUCAAAGGUGGAAUUAGCUUUUAAGCAUAUACUCAAACGGAUCUUGAAAACAGAAGAUGACGACGUAUGUGCAAGUAGUUUCAUAGAGCUUGUUGCUGACACUAUUUACGCAUCUGGAGCUCUAGAUCAGCUUCUACACGUUCAAAAGCUUGACAAAUAUAACAUUGAGGGGGUGAUACACGCGUACUAUGACUUAAUUGACCAGCCAUGUAAAGCGUGCCAAGAGUUGGAAAAUAGCAAAUUGUCUAAUCAAUUUGGUGCCAUGCAUUCAAUGUCACAUGAUGAAAAAGUAAAUAUUUUGAAGAAUUUUCUAAUAUCUUCCACUGCAACGGAUUGUAGUGUAAUGGUAAGUAUUAGAUCAACAGAGACUGGUCUGUCAAGUUCGUCUUCUCACGGUAAUGUUCAUCUUGAAUCAACAAAGCAAGAUUUUGAGUACAAGGUACACUUCAUUGAUCUUGAUAUGAGACCUUUGAAUAGAAUGGAAGCCAAUUACGAAUCAGACAAGAUGAUCAUGAAAUCAUACCAGGAGAUGCUGAAGACGUAAGGAGAUCAACCUUGAUGCUUCUAGAGAACUACAAGCCGAGAAGCAGAUUUCAUAUCUUAUAGAGGAUGCUCCCAAAUUUUUUUUUAUGUUUCACUUAAUGUAAAAUUUUCCUACUGUUUCACUUGUAUCAAGUCAUAAGAAACCCUUUAUAAUUGCUAUAUAUGGUUACA